AUGUCCUCCUCCACGCCCAUUCCCUUCUCCGAACCAGCCUGGCUCGCUGGCCUUCCCUCACCCUACUACAAAGAGACACACCGAAAAUGGCAGAAGAAGUGUCGGGCCUUUGUCGAGGAGCAUCUUCUUCCGUACGCCAUAGAAUGGGAGCGCGAGGAAACCGUACCGGAGCAUUUGUACCAGACGUUCGCGAAACACAACAUGUUGAUCCCCAACAUGGGCGCACCGCUUCCUGUGGAGUGGUUGAAGAGACUGGGGAUCCAUGACAUCUUGGGCACGCUGGUCGAAGAGUGGGAUUACCUGCACACGGGGAUCUAUCUGGAUGAGAUGAGCCGAUCCGGCCUCGGUGGACCUGGAGGAUCCAUGACGGCAGGGCAUUCGUUUGCCAUUCCUCCGAUCCUGAAAUUCGGAAACAAGGCACUCCACGAGAAGUUCCUACCAGACCUGAUUCCAGGCAAGAAACGAUGCUGCAUUGCAAUCACGGAGCCAGGCGCAGGCAGCGACGUGGCCAAUAUUGCAACGACGGCGACCAAGACUCCGGACGGCAAGUUUUACGUUAUCAAUGGAGAAAAGAAAUGGAUCACCAAUGGUGUCUGGUCAGACUAUGCGGCCAUGGCGGUGCGGACAGGCGGCCCCGGUGCGUCUGGACUAAGCAUGAUCGUGUGUCCUCUCAAGGGCCACCCUGGUGUGAGGAUGCGACGGCUCAAAGUGGCCGGGCAAAUCAGUGCGGGGACGACAUACAUUGAACUCGACGAGGUCAAAGUGCCCGUGGAAAACCUCAUCGGCGAAGAAGGCCUGGGCAUGCGCUACAUCAUGACCAACUUCAACCACGAGCGGUUACUGAUUGCAGUGGGCGUGGCGCGUCAGGCGCGCGUUGCUCUCUCCGCGGCCUUUGAAUAUGUCAUGAAGCGCGAGGCUUUCGGCAAGACUCUUAUCGAGCAGCCCGUCGUGCGUCAUCGGUUGGCUAAGGCCGGCGCCGAACUCGAAUCCCUUCAGGCCUGGGUUGAGCAGUUCCUCUACCAGAUGACGCAGCUGCCCAAGGCAGAGGCCGACGCCAAACUUGGUGGCUUGACGGCUUUGGUCAAGGCUCGUGCCGGAAUUGUGUUUAAUGAGUGCGCUCAGACUGCUGUCCUCUUGUUCGGAGGAAAUGGAUAUACUCGUACGGGACAGGGUGAGAUCGCGGAGAAGAUUUACAGAGAGGUGCCUGGUGCAAGGAUUCCCGGUGGCUCCGAGGAUGUCAUGCUUGAUCUAGCGAUCAGGCAACUCGUCAAGAAUUAUCGAAACGCUACUAAGUCCUUGGAAAGGCCGAGGGGGAGCAGCAGGCUAUAA